UAGAGAAGAAGAUUGAGGUGACCUAAAUACCCUCAAGAAAAAAGAAACCCUAAUUUAAUUUUAUAGAUCCAGCCAGAUACUACUCUCUUCCAUCCUUCCCCAAUUGCCCUUCCUCUCUGCCGUUCCCCAGCCCUCUUUCAGGUUUCUGCACCCCGAUUUUGGCCUUCUUUUCGCCGGAUCCGUUCGGAUUCUGGCUAUUUGAUGUUUCUUAUCUUGUGGAUCCAAGAGUUUGUUUGAAAGUACUGCGGGUAAUAAACACAUCAUGGAUAACCAUGAGAUGAUUAUCGGACCAAGACAAGACUUGGUUCAAAACCAACAAAUGGGAUUACGUCAUGGUCAGAAUAUGGUGGUUGGGCAGAAUCGUAAUAUCGGAUUAGCACAUACCCACAAGCACGAUAUAAAACUAGGUGAAAACGGUAAUCAAGAUAUGCGUUUGGGACAUAACCAUGGUCACAAUCACGGUCUUGACCGUGAGUUGCUGAUGAACCACGAGAUAGCAACCGAAUUUGAGGAAAGCAACCAACAUAAUAACGGAUACGAUGAAAACGAUGAAGAUGGUGAUGAUCUUGAUCAUGGUAUGGAUCAAGAAAGGGUCAAAUCCCAUGAUUCUCAUAUGGUUCUUUCUGAUCAAACUCACGAAUUAGGUUUACCUAAUAAUCAUAGUUUAGCGGUUGUUGAGAAUCACGAGCUUGACGAAAACUUAGACCUUGUGGUGCACCCACACUCGCACUCCGAAAUGGGUGUGGUCCCGUUGGCGGCUCAACGGCCGGACCUUGUGGUCACAGCCCCAGUAAUUCAAACCCGAACCUUAGUUCCUUCUCCAAACUAUGAACUAAUGGUAGGUCAAGAAUUUCCCGACGUUACGAGCUGUCGAAGGGCGUUGAGACACACCGCAAUUGCUCUACACUUCGAGAUACAAACCGUUAAAUCUGAUAAAACGCGGUUUACUGCCAAGUGUGCGAGUGAAGGGUGCCCGUGGAGAAUACACGCUGCUAAGCUGCCAGGUGUCCCCACUUUCACCAUCCGAACUAUUCACGCUGAACACACGUGCGGUGGGAUCGCGCACCUCGGUCACCAACAAGCUUCGGUUCAGUGGGUUGCUAAUUCUGUAGAACAACGGCUCAAAGAAAACCCACAAUGCAAACCAAAAGAGAUUCUAGAAGAAAUCCAUCGUGUUCAUGGGAUUACGUUAUCGUAUAAACAAGCUUGGAGAGGUAAAGAACGAAUCAUGGCGGCUUUACGCGGUUCUUUUGAAGAAGAUUAUCGUCUUUUACCACAAUAUUGUGAUCAAGUAAGGCGCACGAAUCCUGAGAGUAUAGCUUCGGUUUAUGUGAACCCAAAUGAUAACUGUUUUCAACGGUUGUUUAUCUCUUUUCAAGCUUCGAUUUACGGGUUUUUGAAUGCGUGUAGACCGCUUCUUGGGCUUGAUAGAACUGUGUUAAAAAGCAAGUAUCUUGGGACUUUGCUUUUUGCCACAGGUUUCGAUGGUGAUGGGGCGUUGUUUCCUCUGGCUUUUGGGGUCGUCGAUGAAGAAAAUAACGAAAAUUGGAUGUGGUUUCUUUCCGAAUUACAUAAUUUAUUGGAAAUAAACACGGAAAACAUGCCGAGACUUACGAUUUUAUCAGACAGACAAAAAAGUAUUGUCGACGGUGUGGAGGCCAAUUUCCCGACAGCUUUUCAUGGGUUUUGUAUGCGUCAUCUUAGUGAAAGUUUUAGAAAAGAGUUCAACAACACGAUGAUUGUUAACCUUUUAUGGGACGCAGCAAACGCAUUAACCGUAAUGGAAUUUGAAUCCAAAAUCUUGGAAAUUGAAGAGAUAUCUCAAGAAGCUGCUUAUUGGAUUAGACGUGUUCCUGCUCGUUUAUGGGCUACAGCGUAUUUCGAAGGGACCCGUUUUGGUCAUUUGACAGCUAACAUAGUUGAAUCGUUAAACGCAUGGAUUCUGGAAGCUUCUGGGCUUCCCAUUAUUCAAAUGAUGGAAUGUAUUCGGCGGCAGUUAAUGACGUGGUUUAACGAGAGACGUGAAACCAGCAUGCAAUGGACUUCAAUACUUGUUCCUACUGCAGAAAGACGGGUUUCAGAAGCUAUCGAACGGGCCCGCACAUAUCAGGUUCUUAGAGCAAACGAGGCUGAAUUUGAGGUUAUUUCACAUGAAGGGACGAAUAUUGUCGAUAUCCGAAACCGUUGUUGUUUGUGUCGGGGAUGGCAGCUUUACGGGCUGCCGUGUGCUCAUGCUGUGGCGGCUCUUUUAUCUUGUAGACAAAACGUUCAUCGGUUUACUGAAAGUUGUUUUACGGUUGCAACUUACAGGAAAGCGUAUUCGCAAACGAUUCAUCCGAUUCCUGAUAAAACACUUUGGAAAGAAAUGUCGGACGGGAUUUUACAAGGUGAAGGUGGUAGUAAUGUGAGUGAAAUUAUUAUAAAUCCACCGAAAUCACUUAGACCACCGGGAAGACCGAGAAAAAGGAGGGUCCGGUCAGAAGAUAGAGGACGUGAGAAACGGGUCGUGCAUUGCAGUCGGUGCAAUCAAACGGGUCAUUUUAGAACCACUUGUUCUGCACCUAUAUGAUGAUCCGUGAUCGUGAUCGUAAUCGGUAUGAUUGUAUGUUGAUAGAAAUUGUUUUCUUUAAAUAAGUUGAUAUGAAUGUGAGUUUUAAUUAAUCGUUUUACAUAAUGUUAAUGGUCUGGUCUAGAGAGAGUAUUAUUCAGCUAUUUUGAUAAAGUCCCUGCAAUGUGAAUAUUUAUAUUUAUAUUAAUUAAAGUGGUGUAGGUUUGCUAUAGUGUAAGCAAACAUUGUAUUAA